CGCCUGCGCACUGGGCCCAGCGCGUCCUCUAGGACUUACCCGGUAGGCAACGCUUUGCCCUGGGGUCAAAAUGGCGGGCCGCCCAGCUGUUGCAGCAUCAGGCCGAUGGCUGGAUGGUAUUCGAAAAUGGUAUUACAAUGCUGCAGGGUUCAAUAAACUGGGCUUAAUGAGAGAUGAUACAAUAUCUGAGAAUGAAGAUGUAAAAGAGGCCAUAAGAAGGCUUCCUGAGAACGUUUAUAAUGACAGGGUGUUUCGCAUUAAGAGAGCACUGGACCUGAGCAUGAAACACCAGAUCUUGCCUAAAGAGCAGUGGACAAAAUAUGAGGAGGAUAAAUUCUAUCUUGAACCAUAUCUGAAAGAAGUUAUUCGGGAAAGAAAAGAGAGAGAAGAGUGGGCAAAGAAAUAAUCAUGUAAUUGAAAUGUGGGUGCAGCUGUCCCCAAAGUAUUUUUAUGGAGUUGGUAAAACCUAAAAUGUACAAUUUAAGAACUACUUGGGCUACAAAUAUAUUACUUUAAACAAAUACCAAUUGUAAUCAUUGUUGGAGUCUUUGAAUUUAAACUUUGCAAAAAUCUUAACUACUGGUUUCACUUAUUUGUUAUAACUCUUUCCAAACUUCUAAGCUAACAUUUAGUUAGUGUUUAAUUCCUUCCUGGGGCUGAGAGAGAACAAUUUAAUCAGUUCUCACUGGUUGGAUAAUGUCAGUUUACUAAAGGAUAUAAUGUUAUACCAAGUAGAAUAGUCACCUUUAUAUUGCCUUUGUUAGGUUAGCAAGAUGCUUGGAAGCCAACUCCAUAAGGGCCUAACUUGCAGGUAUGAAAUGGAGCCAGAAGCAAGUGCCAGUACUUGAUUUCAACUGAAAUAAAUAGAGCAGUCCAGCAGACCGGCUUUCUUACUUCGUGAGUCUUCAGUAGAAUGAAAAGAGAAAGGAUUCACUUCCCAGUUUGCUAAGAUUGGGAACCAACCCCAGUUCGACCCUUUUCAACCACAGGCCUUCCAAAUAUUUGAUUUUGCAUCCUACUGAAAAAUAAAUCAUGUACACAGUGCCAGUAUGAAGUUGUAUAAAACAUACAUGUGUACUCCUGUGCUAAUAUGUAUAUUAGAAAACAAAAGGUAGACAUUAGAAAAAUAAAUAGAAAUAUAAAGACAA